AUGCAAAAUAAUCCAGUAGCUUUUCAAGAUGCUAUAGCACGUGCUCAACAAGUAGCACAAAAAUUAGCAGCAUCAGCACCAAAUGCUGGUAAAAAUGCUUCGUUGAAACGACCAAAUAAUGAAGAAGAUAGUUCAACAAAACGUCCAGCAAUUACUUCUCCAACGCAAACAAAUUCUAUGGCACCACCUGUCUUACGUGCACAACAAAUAGCACAACAAAUUAAUUCACAAUUAGGUGUAAAAACAUCAUACGAUUCAACAUCAUUACCACUUUCAAAUCAAUUAACAUUUCAAGAAGAUUAUAAAAUUCCUGAUAAAUUUGUUGGUCUUAUUAUUGGUAAAGGUGGUGAACAAAUAGUUCGACUUCAAGCUGAAAGUGGUUGUAAAGUACAAAUAUGUCAAUUACGACCAGAACCUAUACCUAGUAGUUCUAAUCCUCCUGAUCGUUUAGCAAAUUUAUGUGGCACAAGAGAGGCUAUUGAACGAGCUAGACGUAUUAUGGAUGACAUUAUAUCAAGGGGAAAAAUGUCUGAAGGUGGUUCAACAAGCAUUAAUCCAUAUUCAAUGGGAGGGACAACUACUAAAACAAUUGAUGUUAUGUUACCAUCAGCUAAAUGUGGUUUAGUUAUUGGUAAAGGUGGUGAAAAUAUCAAGCGAGUAUCUGAAGAUUUCGGUGUUAAAAUGUAUGUUGUUCAAGAUUCAGCAGAUGUUGAUGGAAUUGAACAUAAACCAUUAAGAAUUAUAGGUGAAUCUGAUCGAGUAGAACGUGCUAAACAAUAUGUACUUGAUUCAUUAUCAAAAUCAGGUAGUUUACCUAAUUCCGCAAAUCGUUUUAAUACAAAUCAAAAUAGUGCAACAUCAUUAAAUGAUUCGAAUUCACGAAUAAGUAAUACACCUAUAACUGGUCCAUGUAAUGAAGCAAUUUAUCAUGUACCUUAUGAUAAAGCUGGAAUUAUUAUUGGCAAAGGUGGUGAAAGUAUCAAAGAAAUAAAUCGAAGAUCAGGAGCUUUUGUUGAACUUGAUAAAACUUAUAUGCCAACAAUGGGAAGUUCUUCUGAAAGAGUAUUUAAAUUACGUGGUACACCUGAACAAAUAGUUAUAGCACAGCAAUUAAUGUAUGAAAAAGUUGUGAAUAGUCCUGGUGGCCCUGGUGAUAUGUUAACACCAAUACAAUUUCAACAACAAUUUAAUUUACCAUUAGUUGGAACGAAUACAAUGGACACAUGGAAUGGUAAUAAUGAUCAAUACGGUAAUAGUACAAAUAGUAAUGAUCCUUAUAGCCAAUGGGCAAAUGCUUAUGGACAAUGGCCACAAUUAAAUUCAUAUGAUCAAAGUACAUCAAAUAAUAAUAAUUCAUCAGCAUCAAAAACUGCUGCUUCAGACAUGGGACAAAUAGAUCCAAUGUGGUUAGCUUAUUAUCAACAAAUGAAUUAUUAUAGUAUGAUGCAAUCAAAUAUGACACCGAAUACACCAACUAGUACAACUGCCACAAAAUCAACAGAUUCAACAGUAAAUACAAGUAAUACUAAUUCUGCAGAACCAGUCACCGGAAAAGCAGAUUACAGUCAACAAUGGAUUGAAUAUUAUCGGUCAAUUGGACAAAAUGAAUUGGCUGAUGAAAUUGUUCGACAAAUGACAACGUCUAGUUCAAGUACAGCAUCCACAACUACAACAAAUACACCUUCAACUGAUACAGCUGCAAAUGCAGCACAAGCAGCAGCAGCAGCAGCUACUGCUAUGAUGAUGUCUUCUGGUAAUCCUUGGGCUGCUUAUGCUCAACAAUGGGUUGAUGCAGCAGCAUCAAAAACUGCAAAUGGUAUUAAUUCAUCAACAGCACCUUCUUCUUAA